CCAAACCCGUUCCCCCGGGUCUGCGGAGGCCUCAGUGCGAGCACAGGUGGCUGUGAGGUGCGAGCCCUCGUUAGCGUUGUGGUCCACACCUGUCCCACGUUGACCACCGACGUGGUGAGCGGUGCGCGAGAAGCCAGGAAAAGCGGGGGGGUCGCUCGUGGAGUUUUCUAGAACAGUGGUUGAGUAGGUGGCGCCACCCUCUCCCUCUAUUUUGUCCGUCUUGCUUGUGGCACCCAGCCCUCGCUCUCGCAGUUUAUAUUAGCCGCCUAAGUACCCAGGGCCUCACAAUCCGUUUGACGCCUGCAAGAAUUGAUUCGGGUUGAGCCGGCAAGUAUCGAGCUCUCAUUAUGUGUCACCCGCUGGUCAAGGAAGAUGAGUAAGAAACGGAAGAGCCUCCGCUGUUGCAGAGCUGGAAAUGCGCGUGCUCCUUGCCCGACUGGAAGGUAGAAGUUCCUUGAGAGAAAUAGAACCCUGUCUGUUUGCUGAUGAAGAUUCACCCGUGCAUGGUGACAUUCUUGAAUUUCAUGGUCCAGAAGGAACAGGAAAAACAGAAAUGCUUUAUCAUUUAACAGCACGAUGUAUACUUCCAAAAGCAGAAGGCGGACUGGAAGUAGAAGUCUUAUUUAUCGAUACGGAUUACCACUUUGACAUGCUUCGGCUUGUUACAGUUCUUGAGCAUAGACUGUCGCAGAGUUCUGAAGAAAUAAUGAAAUACUGCCUUGGAAGACUGUUUUUGGUAUACUGCAGUAGUAGCACCCAGUUGCUGCUCACGCUGUACUCUCUAGAAACUCUGUUUUGUAGUCAUCCCUCUGUCUGCGUUUUGAUUGUGGACAGCCUGUCAGCUUUUUAUUGGAUAGACCGUGUCAAUGGAGGGGAAAGUAUUAACUUACAGGAGUCGACUCUGAAGAAAUGUUCUCAACUCUUGGAGAAGCUCGUCAGUGAGUAUCGAUUGGUGCUUUUUGCAACAACGCAGAGUAUAAUGCAGAAAACCUCCAACGCAGCAGAAGAGCCUUCUUGUGCCUUUCGUCGCCCCGGUGAUGGGGACAUAGACUAUAGGCCCUACCUCUGUCGAGCCUGGCAGCAGGUGGUAAAGCACAGGGUAUUCUUCUCCAAACACGAGGAUCCUAAUACCAGCAGCCGAUUUUCUUUAGUUUCACGUCACUUAAAAAGUAACAGUUUUAAAAAACUCUUCUUCAUUAUUGGAGAAAGUGGUGUUGAGUUUUGUUGACGUGUAUCAUGAAGUUGUCUGUUGUAGGAUAAUAUGCAGGUUUAAAAAAGUCUUUAAUAGGCUAAAAUGAUUUGAUUCUAAAGUUUUCAAUUCUAAGGGAAUUUAAUAUAACUAUGUCUACACAGACUGGAUUUCUUAAACUAAAACAGCAAGACCUCGCACUAUUCUGUUCCUAGGUCGUUGAAGAUUAUUCAAAGUGAUGACAACAAUUGUAUAUUAAGUUGUUUUAAAACUAAGAUGCACAUUUCAGUCCAAAUAAAAUGGAGUUUUAUAACUUUGUGUCACAUUUCUGGAGUUUAGUUAAGUACUUGUUUAGGAAAGUUGCAAUGCAUUUCUGAUUUUUCAUUUGUAACUCCCUUAAGAAGUUGUGAAUUUGGAAAAUGUUUCUGUAGAACUGUUAUUUCUGUAAAAGGGAUGAAAGCAAGGAGCCUACCCCAUCUGCCUUUCACACCAGAGACCAUGGAAAGUCAGAGCAUUUUGAUGUGCGUUACACUGAAUUCCGAGGUGGAGCCGCAUUGUGGUUGGGUUUCUGUUUAAUUUUUAGAACACAGGGAAAUAAACACCCUUUCAAGGAAUUCUGUAAAAUUUGAAGUUUUCAUCUCCCUCUUGUUAAGUGAUAGACAAAUGCUAAAACUGUAUUAGGAGUUCCCGUCGUGGCUCAGUGGUUAGCGAAUCUGACUAGGAACCGUGAGGUUGCGGGUUCGAUCCCUGGCCUUGCUCAGUGAGUUAAGGAUCCGGUGUUGCCGUGAGCUGCGGUGUAGGUCGCAGACACGGCUCGGAUCCCACGUUGCUGUGGCACUGGCAUAGGCCGGUGGCUACAGCUCCAAUUCGACCCUUAGCCUGGGAACCUCCAUAUGCCGCGGGAGCGGCCCAAGAAAUGGCAAAAAGACAAAACAAAACAAAACAACUGUAUUAGAGCCGAGUAUCACUAGUGUUUUCUUACCCAUUUAGAACAGUGCAGAGGUGCCCUGGGAUGAACUGCUUCCAGCUGAGAGCUGGACAAAGCUCCAUAUGCUUUGGUCCAGCAAUGGCCAGAAAGGCGAGCCUCCAUCUCAAGGAACAUGCAAGGUAACGCAUUGUGAAGGAGGAAGAAGAGUUCAGAGCUUCAGUUUUUAUGUUUUAAUCUAAUAAAAGAUUACAUUAUAUCAACAUUUGA